GCCGAUCGCCUGUCCCUAUGCAAAAGUGUUAAUGGGGUUGGAGGUUUGCUGCGGGCCGUGGGGUCUGUCUGCUUAUUUGGCAUCCAGUUAAGGUCUGGCCGAGGCUGGACCACAGCUUCGCCCGUUUUGCAGGGAAUCAAACCCGCGGCUUGCGUGCCAGCGGCCACCGGGCGACCGGUUCACCAUGUGAGCUUUGAUCUUUGCGUCAUGCCUAGCUGCCAGCUGCUAACCCGCCUUUAUGUGUAGCUUCAUGUUACGGACGUACUUUUGUGUGAUGUGCACCGGGUAGCAAUGAAGGUCACCGACAGGAUCAGCUGUCCGGGUGGCAGUGUCUCAUUUAAGGCGCCCCGGGUGUUUUCGGUUAAAACAUAAUCGGUUCUGGUUUGUCGAGUGAUGUACGGGAGCAUUGCUUCUUACUACAUGCCAACGAGCAGAUCAGCUUGCAAGUCACCGGACGCUUUUAAUUACAGCUUUUCAGCAAUGCAACAGUUGCUCUGGGGUGUUUAAUUUUGCCGAGACCGACAUAUCUGAUGGUGUGAAGAUGCCUUCAAAUGUAAGCAAAGUUAGGAAUGAGGAUAUCAAUCCAUGCAUUGAGGAAAGCGAUGGUUCUAGGAAGUGUUUAGACGCCAAUAAUUACAACAAGGACAAGUGCACAGCGUAUUUCAUUAGGUACAAAAACUGCAGGAAGUUCUGGCACGGCGUAAUGCUACAGCGGCGAAAGGAGGGCGUGAAGCCAGACAUACCCACGCUGGAGGAGAGGGAGGAGAUCCUGCGGGCCAGGGGCGGGAAGCCUUACUGACUGGGGGUGGAGGCUGGCGAUUUACGUGCGGGGCCUGCCACACAUACAGGAGACUGUGUGUUUGUCUCUUUAGGGUGGGGGGUAUUUAUCCAUGUUGUGGGGGUGAAGGGAAGCCGUCCUAUGACCUUUUUUAACCUGCAGCCAAAGUAAUGUGCGACUCAGCGGGAUUGGAUGCUGUGACUAUGAUUGAAUGGUUGCUGCUUCGAAUCCUGUGGUUAGCAGGGUGAUUGCACUGUUAGGCUCUUGAGCAAGACCUUUAACACCCAGUUGUUCCGGGGGACUGGCUGGCCCUGCUUUGUCUAUUGUGUGUUACUUUGGAUAAACAGCGUUUGCUAAAUAAAUGUAAAUGUUAUGUAA